AUGGCGUGCAGGAAUCUUUCACGGAUCCAAAAUGACAAAGAAAUAACAAUAAUUUACAGCAACAAACUUUUCUCAUUUGUACCCAACAGUUGUCCUGUCGACUACGAAAUUUUGGGAGGCUUUGAGUAUGAAUCAACCAAGACGAAAGCCAUCGUCCGUUUCCAGGCCCACAAGUUCCCGUACACCUCGUCUGUCUACUACCAGUGCAACGUCAAACUGUGUAUCAAGAACGCGGGAGGCUGCGAUGAUGUGCCGCCCGUGUGCGUGGAGGGACAGAACGUACUGAGGCGUCGCCGCAGGGACGUAUCGGAGGUCGACGGUAACGGUAACCUGAAGGAAGUGGAAGCCGAGGUCGACGAGAACCUCACCAUUGAAGUCUUCACCGGGCUCUACGUCAACGAGGAUGAUGACCAGAUCCCAGAUCCCGAGCAAGAGAUCCUGACCCCCAUUAAGGAAGAACUAGAGGAUGAUCCCAACACCUUCUGCCUUUCCCCGAAGACUUUCGCUAUCGGCAUCGCUAUCGCCGGCCUCCUUCUGAUGGUGGCUGUGAUUGCUGCCAUUCUCAUCUUGAUCUCCCGCCGACGUAGAAGGAAGGAGGACUCAACCACCGGAUCUUCCAUUUACUCAAGUCCUUACACCAACACGGCCUACAGCCACUCGUCGUAGGGCACAUGAGGAUGGAACUAUGGGGCAGUUCAGACAGAAAGAAGAGGAGAAAGGGGUCAAGGAACAAAACGUAGGACAUGGAAAUGCGUAUGAAAAAGAGCUCAAAAGGGUACUUGCUGAAGGAAAGAUUUUUCUUGUCUUAUGACAUGGCUCUUUUCCAUUUCAGUUAUAUCUGUGGUCAGUGAUAGAUAUUUUAAAUGUAGUCUUUUUAUUCAUCGACUCUACCCUUUUCAUAUGAAUCGGAUAGUGCGUGAUACUCGGUGGAUAACCAUUGAAGCUGUUUUGAAAACGGAGGAGUAACUGUAGCGAAUCUCAUGAAGGUGAUCGUAUCGGUGCAAAAACAAAAGACGAACGUCAUUCGUAUCUCUCAGAGUGCUAAGUCAGCCUCCACAUUAAACCACUACCCAGAAUUUUAGUUCUAAAUAUAUAUUUUGUUUAUAGAAAUACUCAGUGGUUUACUGAAAUCCAAUAACUGAAUAGCCUUUAGAAGGUAUUUAAAAUGGUGCUCCGGUAUUAACGAAUUUAUGAUAGAUGCGCAUGAAAAAAAAAGCUUUACGCAUUGACUUACCAAUGAUUAUUUCUUUUUUACUAAGCAAAUCAUUUAACGACAACUUCUGUGCCCAUUUCCAUGAUCUAGGUUUGUCAUAAUCAUUGAAAUCUUAUAUAGCUGAACUUACUAACAGGUUGUGAAUCUGGUGUUGUAGGGGAUGAGGGGAAACAAAAGAAGGAAAAGAGCGGCGUAAGAAUGCUAGGCUGUGUCUCUGAUUUUUUUCCGAGUUUCCUGGGUGCAAAGUCGUCUCAUUACGACAAUUUUUCUUUGUAAAAUCAUUUGGUUUCACAGUUUCAGUUGAAUCCGCAAAGUUUGGGAUAUAAUUGUGAAAGAUUUCAUGGCCAUGCGAAAGGUCAGUGAGGCUUUGGGAGUUUAAGUGAAGAUUUUUUAUUUAAAAGUCACACCUCUCAUAUCUUCGUGAAAUGUCCAUUCCCUUCACACGCAGCCUAGCGCUACCCCUGCAUCAUCAGUUAGAUGGCACUUGAAUGUGACUUCAUGAUGAUGGCAGUGCACCCAUUCCGGUUGUAUUCUGUGGUGGGGUUUCCCCGCUCGUUUUCUUGUUAGUAAAAGUCUCCCCUCUCUUCUCACCCUACUUAUCAUACUCCGUCCACGAGGUUAACUUUAAUAUCUGCAUGUGUAUGAUUUUUUAGUAUUAGGGCGACUGCGGCAUAAGUGACUUAAAAUAUGAAAACUCGCUGGCUGUCCAAACAUGAAUUGUGUAUCACCGGCCAGUGUUGGUUUAGUUUAAUUACCCAUCUACCCAUCCCCCAUUGAACACAGACCGCUUCCCCCAUUCACUAACUGUGGAUGGUAUGACCGCAAAUAAUUAUUAAAGUAUGGUUUUGAAUAUGUAUGAGAAACACAAUCCCUCGAUCUACAUACAAAACUGACUCGAGAAGAGAUGCGAACACUGUGAUAAAUAUGGUAGGAGAUAAAAUGUGUGUGGGAAAAAUUAUAAGAAUUAAUGGAAAUGUGGUUUGAUAUGAAAGGGAGUAAGAUUACUAGUAGUAAAUGUGCAGGAAAGGAAAAGUAUAGUCGUUUUUAAAAUCUAGUUACUUCGAUAAAAUAAAACAGAUUGUCUGUAUUCUCGUUUGGUGGUUGUUUAUCUCACAGAGUUCAUAAUGUUCGCAUUUUCACUAUAGAAUUGCUAUAGUUUAGUGCCAUAAGCCGAGCGCUUACUGAUACUUGAAUAUUUAAUAAGAUAUAAAUCCAGUUUCUCACGAAAGAAAAUGAUAAGUUACUUGUCAAUACUUUUUCCAACACCUCAUUUCAUAAAGGUACAAAACAUGGGAUAACCAUAUGUAGAUUUUUAAUUCAUACCUGAUAUCUCAUUUUGGCAAGUCGGGAUGGAUUAGUUUCCAAAAAUGAAUUUCAUUUAAAUAUUCUUUAUGGUCCCAUAAAAAGGGAAAUUAUCAAAAUUAAUGAGCACAUGCAGUUAAAGAACAAAUAUCAAGCAUCGAAUUUAUAUAAGCUUAUUAUUUCGUUAGCAUUUUAUAUAGAAUGUUUAGGUGACCUUUAAAUUGAGAAACUGUUAGGUUUCCCAGAAGUAGGGGAGCGGUCUGAUGAUUGUGAUACAGGUUUCUCUAAACAACGAACUUUUAUUUUCUUUUUCAUUUUAUUCUAUUAUGUUCUUGUGUAUCGAAGAUGCGGCAUGUUGUAGUUUCAAAGAUAUUUAGUGUGUAGAUAUAUUUGUGUUGUCAUUUGUUGCGCUUUAUUGUGAUUCUUUUUGUAACAGUCCUCUUUAUACUAUAAACCAUCUGCUAACACAUUUUUCCUGUAUGACCAGUGAUAUCACAUGAAGUUGGCAAUUAAUUUUUAAGUAGAAUCUCUUGUUCCCGUUUGACUCUGUCUUUAUAUUACCAAUAAUUUUACAUUAUAAUCCACGGCCCCCAGGGCAGCUAUUAGUUGAUUAAGGUUUCAUUAGUUCUACAUGUAUAAUACUUUUAUAUUCACAGACUCUGUUUUAUAUAUGCUUUGUGUGUUCCUUGUCCACAUAUCUCUGUUAACAACUUGAUCUCACACACACACACACACACACACACACACACACACACACACACACACACACACACACACACACACACACACACACACACACACACACACACACACACACACACA